GCGGAAGCUAAGUGGAGGUGUUAACAAAGGAAGGCGUAGCAUUUUCUACAACAAUCAUGCAUCAAUGAGCUCAUAUCAAAAUGGUAUAAAGCCCUUCGUGACAAUCUUCCAUUGGGACGUUCCCCAAGCACUUGAAGACGAGUACCACAGCUUUUUAAGCCCUCUCAUUGUGGAUGACUACUUAGAUUUUGUAGAGCUGUGUUUCAAGGAAUUUGGUGAUCGAGUGAAGCAUUGGAUUACCAUGAACGAGCCAUAUAUUUUCAUUAAUGGAGGUUAUGAUGGGGGAACUCUGGCUCCCGGUCGCUGCUCUGCUUGGCUAAACAACGAUUGCCCAGCAGGAAAUUCAGCAACUGAGCCUUAUAUAGUCGGACACCGAAUGCUUCUUUGUCAUGCAGCAGCUGUAAAAUUAUACAGAGAAAAAUACCAGGCAAGUCAAAAAGGAGAGAUAGGGAUUACAUUGGUGUCUCACUGGAUGGAACCGUACUCUAGAAGCAAGCUUGACAUUCUUGCAAAACAAAGAGCUCUUGAUUUUAUGUAUGGAUGGUUUAUACAUCCAUUGAUAUAUGGAGAUUAUCCUGCAAGCAUGCAUAAACUUGUUAAGAAUCGUUUGCCCAAAUUUACCCCGGAGCAAUCUAAGAUAAUCAAGGGUUCUUUCGACUUUCUUGGAGUGAAUUAUUAUACAGCAAAAUAUGCAAUUAAUAUUGCCUCUCAGAAUAAUAUCAACGUUAGCAGCUCUACAGAUCCUCUAGUCAACCUCACUUCGGAAAGGAAUGGAAAGUUCCUAGGUGAUCCGACUGGAGUCAGUGCCUUCUAUGCCUAUCCAAAGGGACUUCGAGAUCUUCUUGAAUACACCAAGAAAAACUACAAUAAUCCCACAAUUUAUAUCACGGAGAAUGGGAUUGGUGAUGCAAAUAAUAGCACACGAAUAAAAAGUAUCAAGGAUUUCCAACGAGUUGAUUUCUACCAUCGCCAUCUUUUGGCUGUUCAAGAAGCCAUGAAAUUGGGAGUGAAUGUAAAGGGUUUCUUUGCUUGGUCAUUUCUUGACACUUUAGAAUGGAACUCCGGUUAUACCUUGAGGUUCGGUAUAUGCUACGUGGAUUACAAAGAUGGACUGAAAAGAUAUCCCAAAAGCUCUGCUCUUUGGUUCAAGAAAUUUCUCCGCAAGUAAAAAGAUGGCUACGUUGAUAUGAUGCACUUCUGAGUGGAUCCAGACAUAGCUUGGGCAUUUCAGAAUAAAAUAUUUUUCCAUAACUAUAUUUAAGAAGUAUUUCUUCUUUCCUCUUUUUGGGGGAAGCAAUCAGAAUGUGCAAAUCAAUAUCCAAUUGCAAUAUUAACCUACUACUGGACUUUACCAAAUAUUCUGCAUUUUA